AUGCUGGAGAAGAAUGCGCAUGCGCAGUACAGACCCCUGGGGGUCCACCGAAGGGCUGAAGGAGACAGGAGGAGACAGGAGCAGAUACAGAAGGAGACACAGAGGGAGACACAGAGGGAGACACAGAGGGAGACACAGAAGGAGACACAGAAGGAGGCACAGAAGGAGACACAGAAGGAGGCACAGAAGGAGACACUGAAGGAGGCACAGAAGGAGACACUGAAGGAGGCACAGAAGGAGGCACAGAAGGAGACACAGAAGGAGACUCAGAAGGAGGCACUGAAGGAGGCACCGAAGGAGACACUGAAGGACACACAGAAGGAGGCACAGAAGGAAACACUGAAGGAGGCACAGAAGGAGACACUGAAGGAGGCACAGAAGGAGGCACAGAAGGAGGCACAGAAGGAGACACAGAAGGAGGCACUGAAGGAGGCACCGAAGGAGACACUGAAGGAGACACAGAAGGAAGGAUGGAGGGAGUGUGAGUCCUAG